AUGUCACUUCCUGACCAACUGGAGUCUACAUUCUCACCAGAGGAAAUUCAAUUCAUUGUAGAGAAUGAACCCAUUAGAAUUUUUCCCCGUGUAACCACUAGAAAGACAAAGAGACCCCUUCCGAUGGGAGGGGGUAGUAAUGAAAGCGUUCGUUGGAAACUUAUCACUACAGAUGAUCACAACGUUAACAAUAUGGUUGCUAUGCAAUCUACAGAAGUAACCCUCUGGCUCGCAUUAUUGUUAAAGCAACAGAACAAAUGUAGUAUUGUUGCCCCCUCAUGGCUCACACUAAAGGAAUUGGACAGAAGUAUUCAAUAUGAAAAAACACAUGUGGAUAGAUUCUGCCCUGUCCCUUGGAACUGGCUUGUGCUGGCACAAGUACUUUUCAAAAGGGCUCCUGAACAUUUCCAUGAUCCGGUUCACGAAUUGAGAGCUAAAGUACAAGAUCUGAGAGAGAUCCGCCAGCUAAAAGUGCUGAGGGGUCUUAGACACUUGAAUGAAUCGCAUCUGCAACUAGAUAACCUAAGUCUACUGGAGAUAAACGAAUUAAGGCCCUUCAUCGUGGAUGUUAUGGAUAAACUACGACAAUUGCAUACUGCAAAGGGAACCAUGGAAGACGAAGAAGAAGAAUGA